AUGGCGAUGGCCAGCGCUACUUACUGCAUUUAUGAUGUGCAGUUACGUUCUUUGGUGAAAUUUAUUAAUACUCCCAAUCCCUCUACUGGUCGUCUUCGACAUUGCCAUUUAUCGUUCGAUAAAGUCACGGUCGAGCACGUUACACGUCAAGUAGUCAACCUCAGACUUCUUGAUCUCAAUGGUGAACCUGUCUGCGUCAAUGGUAAUCAGAGUGUCAUUUCCCGCCACGAAGAUCCCGUGCCUGACUAUACCAUCAGUCUCAGAGAUACCCCCGUCGGAGACCAUUCGAGUGACGCAAGAGGUGUGUUCUGCCAUGUCCACGACUUUCUACGCAAACAAUUAACAAUGUCUGACGAAACUAUUGGGAAGGUAGUCACUUCAUCAUCUUCAGACUGCGAGGCUGUUUACGUUGGUGAAAUUCAAGGCCUACAACGCCUUUGGAAAGAGAAAUUCAAUAAAGCCCAUAUUCAUUUUGGUGACAGAGCACACAAGAUCGAAUCGAUGAUAGGGAGCAUACGCAAAGAUACAGAAAUGAAAUGGCUUGACGGCACUCUGUCUAAAUUGGACAAUAUAAUUUCAAAAGUUUGUCAGUCACCAAAGCAACACAGAGAACUGAGACAUACGGCAACCCUUAGUCAUUCAUUGGUUAAAAGCAUGAAAAGACUAGUCGAAACAAGGUUUAUCCGUUAUUUGGUCGGUUCGAUUGAUGCUGUCUUAACCAACGCCUAUGUCCUGGAGCUGCUGUGGCAACAACAAGCUGCGGACGGAGAUAACGAAGUUCGUGGUCAUUUAAAGAAUCUAGUAGAUCCUCUUUUUCUUCCAACUUUGGUCAUACUAGCUGACGUGUUUAGCCAGUCCGCAUUCGCUAGUGAGAUAGCUCAAUCGGACAUAUAUCCAUUGUGGGACGAUAAAGCCAAUGUUGAAAGGUUUCUUCAGAAAGUAAAAAAAAUAAACAAAGUGUCUGUUUUGGAAAACCCACUGAACAAACGUCUACGACUUCAUCACGCAAGUAUAAAGAAUGGUGUUUUUACACCGAAUGCUGGUAAACCAGACCAACAAGUAAAUCUAUUGCAACGUGACAUCCAAUUUCGACCUCGAGUAAGAGGCCACCAGCAAAUCUUAACGCCGGAUGAGAUAACUGCAACUGUUGAAGAUAGACUCAAACAGUUAACCACGGCUGUCUUAAAAGAAGCACCACGAUUCCUAGCCCUGACUGAACGAGAGCAGCACAUUGUGAAUAUGUUUGAUAUCAGAUCCUUCAAUUUCCAUAACCCUGUAAGUUUACGUGAACAAUUUAACAACGCAUUCCUUGCAUUCGCCAGUCAUCUAAACAAUGGUAAACUUUCAUUUCCUCGAGAACGGUGUGGUGAAGCGUGUACUGGAAUAAAAUGUUCCUGCCUUUUAGACCAGUACAUAGCUUUCAAAGAAAGAGUUCGGGACAACAAGGAGCGAUUUGAGGACGCCUGGUUUACGAAAAAUGAGGCAGGCCAAGUAAAAUGGGACAUAACAAGUGUUUUGAGCUAUUUUCAGAAAACUGAAUUUGGCUUGCAUGAACAGAUUCCAGAUGUAGUCGAAAUGAUAGAAAUAUGUCUCAUUAUGUCAAGGUCGCAAUCUGAUACAGAACGAUUUGGUAAAUUGAUGAAAGAUGUCUCAGAGAAACGAUUCGGUGGGAAGUUCAAUGAAACGCAGCAUGACCAAGAUAAAAGGGAUAGGGUUAACGAAGAAACCUUCAUCUAUGGCAAUUCUGUCCCCCUCCAUUCACUUCCCCUUGAAGAUUUGCGAAAGGAAUGGGCAAAGUCUCAUUUACCUGCCAUUUUACGCACAAACCCAGGGAAAGAGAGUUCUACUCUAAAGACUUUAAGAAAUAUCGAACAAAAGAUAGGAUUUUGGUUUGAUAACAAAAGUUAA